AUGUUCCUCUACUCGCUGACACUUCAGCAACCUACAGUCAUUACUCAGGCAAUCGUGGGCCAGUUUUGCGGCACGACAGAACAGCAGAUCAUGUCGGCUUCGGGGUCGUGUCUGGCCAUCCUGCGCCUAGACCCAAACUUGGGCAGAGUCGUGACAGUUCUCUCCCAUCAUAUCUUCAGCAUCAUCCUGAACGGUGUUGGAUGGGAUCACAGGAGAGUUGACAGACACGCGAUCCAAGUUCCUUGGCCCGGAAAAUGGGCAUCCUGCAUAAGCAUCGUUGAUCCUGUUGGCGAAGAGCCCCGAGUCCUUCAAACGGUCGACCUAGAAGGCAACGAAGCCGCCAUCAGCGCCACAGUAGCGUCCUUUACCAGCCAGGAAGGGGAAAGCUUCCUUGUCGUAGGCACUGGGAAGGAUAUGGUCACCAAUCCAAGGCAAUUUUCCGGGGGCUACCUCUACGUUUAUCGAUUUCAUGACGGUGGGCAGAAUUUAGAGAUCAUCCAUAAGACUAGGGUUGAGGAACCACCACUGGCGAUUCUGCCUUUUCAGGGCCAGCUGAAACAAUUACUUCGAAAAGGUCAAUCUAACGUCGCACCACAGCUAAUCGUGUCCGUACAAACCCAAGGCAGUCGGAUCAUCGUUGGCGACGUCCAACAUGGCGUGACCAUGGUUGCAUACAAGCAUAAGAUCAAUAAGUUCAUCCCAUUCGUCGAUGAUACGAUUGCGAGGUGGACAACAUCCAUUACAAUGGUCGACUACGACUCUAUCGCGGGGGGCGACAAAUUCGGGAAUAUCUGGAUCGUACGUUGUCCCGAUAAAACCAGCGCUGAUGCUGAUGAGCCUGGUUCUGAAACUUACUUGACCGCACGCGAGUACUUAAAUGGCGCUCCAAACCGGCUUGAACUCAUGGCACACUUCUUCACACAGGAUAUCCCGACAAGCAUCUGCAAGGCCAGAGCCUGGUCGUAG